UCACAGCAAAAUGCCUGCUUAUUGUGCUGCAGUCGGUUGCACAAAUCGACGUAAAAAAAUUGAUAAAGAGUUACAAGAUGGUUCAGACCGAAAAAUAACAUUCCAUCGUUUUCCAAAGGAAGAAGAGAAAAAGAAGCAGUGGGCUGUUGCUGUACAUAGACGUGAUGAGAAAGGAGGCCUGUGGAUGCCAAGCCAUCACAAUGUUCUUUGUUCAGUACAUUUUACUGAAAGAGACUUUGACCGGACAGGACAGACGACUCGGCUCAGGGAGAACGCUGUGCCAUCGGUGUUUAACUUCCUCAAACGUCGGCGGGCAAAACGAUCCAAGAGGAGUACAAACAAGCGAUUUGGGACACAGUCAGGUGAAGACUCAGUUCAGUCAUCUCGAUCAGCUGGUCCAGAUAAAAAAGCAUUGUCUCCAGUGAACAAGGGUAAACAAAUGAAGCAGAAGACCAGUAAACAAGUGGCACCAGAACCAGAAGAAGAUGUUGAUCGGUCAUCUCGCUCAGCUUGUCCGGAUGAAAAUGUGUUGUCUGCAGUAAAUAAGGAUCACAGUUAUCAGCUGCCAGAUCCCCAAGACCUGAAGGCACGACUCGACGAAGCAAAUGCAGAGAGGGAGAAGUUGGAAAAAGCUCUUCAGAACGCUAAAAGUCGUGAACAGAAAACAUAUGAAAGGUUUCAGUCAGUUGUGCAGAAACUAAAGGAGAAAAACAUGCUGACUAAAGAACUACAGUCCAAACUGAAGGCUUAUUCUGAUAUUCCUGCUGACCUCUUCAUGCGACCAACAAGCUCUUACUCUGAAGAACAGCGAGCCUUUGCAGUGACCCUCCACCUCUACAGCUCUAAAGCUUACGAAUUCCUCCGUAAUGAUGUUAAGUUGCCACUGCCAGACACACGGACCUUGUCCCGGUGGUUGGAGCAAUAUCCCAACGUGCCAUGAAUUUGCCUUCACCUUUCAGCUUCUCCAAACACGGUGAAGGGUAUGUCCAGGAAAGAAUGUGAAUGUCAUGUCCAUCGAUGGAAUAACCAAGUGCACUCCUGCAAUUGCUUCCUGGUUUGUUUUGGAGAGAUGAGUGUUGAAUGAAAGAUUAUGAAAAUCAUAUCUGCAGCCAGGCAAUGCAACAUGACAAAUGUUCUUGUUUACGUCACUGAGUUUGCCAUACAUGGAGUUGUCACUGGAGACGCUUGUGCUACAUGUGGUCAGAAUUCAUGUUCCAGUUAAGAUGAAAGCCACAUAUCUGCUACUAGUCUUCACAGACUGUUGUACCUCGAUACUCCUUCAAGAGGAAGUCAGUAUUCUUAACCGAAAAAGUGGUGAGAAGGUUGAUGGGCCUUCAGUUGCUCAGAUCUACAUUAAGGAUGUUUAAAUUUGUUUGUUACCUCAGUCAAGGAGGUUAAGUGGUCACCCCUGUAUUAUUACACCCCUAAGGACAUAAUAAAUCAUUGGAGUUUAUUUA